CCAACAAAAAAUAGGGGAGUCCAUAUUAGAACACGAUAACCAGAUAUCAGCAUAACUUGGCCGGGACGAAACCAUUCUUUAUAUUCUGCGAUCUGCCCAAGCGGUGAAUCAUCAUACAGAAUGGCGACGGCAGCGGUGGAAACUCGGAAGCCUGAUGACUCGAAGCAGAUCCACCAGCAAGGCGCCGGGUCCGGCGGCGGCGAAGGGCUCCGGCAGUAUUAUCAGCAGCGCAUACAGGAAACGCAGCUACUAGUCCGUCAGGGGAUGCACGAUGUGCAGCGAAUAGAAGCUCAACGCAAUGACCUAAAUGCCGGAGGAGUGGGACUUAUGUUCAAGCUUUCAAAAUUGCCUGAGUUAGCGUGGUUGAAGAGGAAAUUAGUGAGAUCACUGAAGGAAGAGUUGCAGCUUCUUCAGGAGCCUGGAUCAUAUGUGGGAGAAGUUGUCAAAGUCAUGGGAAAAUCUAAGGUCCUUGUUAAGGUCCAUCCUGAGGGGAAGUAUGUAGUUGACAUUGAUAAGAGCAUAGACAUCACAAAGAUUACGCCUUCAACAAGGGUUGCUUUACGUAAUGAUAGCUAUGUGCUCCACUUGAUCCUACCUAGUAAAGUUGAUCCGCUGGUGAAUCUUAUGAAAGUAGAAAAAGUUCCGGAUUCCACUUAUGACAUGAUUGGUGGUCUAGACCAGCAAAUUAAAGAGAUAAAAGAGGUGAUUGAACUUCCAAUCAAACAUCCUGAAUUGUUCGAGAGUCUUGGUAUUGCUCAACCUAAGGGAGUGUUGCUGUAUGGUCCUCCUGGCACGGGUAAGACUCUGCUUGCAAGAGCGGUGGCCCACCACACUGACUGCACAUUUAUCCGAGUUUCGGGCUCUGAAUUAGUUCAGAAGUACAUUGGAGAAGGCUCUCGGAUGGUGAGAGAACUUUUUGUGAUGGCGAGAGAACAUGCCCCAUCCAUUAUCUUCAUGGAUGAAAUUGAUAGCAUUGGAUCUGCUCGUAUGGAAUCUGGGAGUGGAAAUGGGGACAGUGAAGUUCAGAGAACUAUGCUGGAACUUCUCAACCAACUGGAUGGAUUUGAGGCAUCUAAUAAGAUAAAAGUAUUGAUGGCUACCAAUAGAAUUGACAUUCUGGACCAAGCUCUUCUAAGGCCUGGAAGAAUUGAUAGGAAAAUUGAGUUCCCAAAUCCUAAUGAAGAUUCUCGGUUUGACAUAUUGAAGAUCCACUCGAGGAAAAUGAAUUUAAUGAGGGGGAUUGAUCUCAAGAAGAUUGCUGAGAAGAUGAGUGGUGCAUCUGGUGCUGAAUUGAAGGCUGUUUGCACUGAAGCAGGCAUGUUUGCUCUGAGAGAAAGGAGGGUCCACGUUACUCAGGAGGACUUUGAGAUGGCCGUAGCAAAGGCCCCAUUGCAUGUAGAAGGUUGGGAUGAGGCACUUCAUGAAAUAGGAAAACUAUCUUUUGAGACAGUCUUAACACCACAAAAUGCAGCUUUGGUUCUGAAAUCAGUCGAAACACUACCCGUUUUAUUUGUUGCCGGUUCUGAAGAUGUCCUUGUGCCUCCCAACUAUGUCCAAACCUUGGCAUCUAAACUCGCCAAUUCUAGAAUGGUGGCAAUAUCUGGUUGUGGCCAUCUUCCGCACGAGGAAUGUCCAAAAGCGCUGCUUACGGCGCUCCUCAGUCUGGCUUGUUUCUCCUUCACUGUUGUUGAGCUACCAUCAGCUACAUCCAUCCUCUGCACUUUAUCUUCAAUCAGAAUGGCGACGGCGGCAGUGGAAACUCGGAAGCCUGAUGACUCAAAGCAGAUCCACCAGCAAGGCGCCGGGUCCGGUGGCGGCGAAGGGCUCCGGCAGUAUUAUCAGCAGCGCAUACAGGAUAUGCAACUACUAGUCCGUCAGAAAAUUCACGAUCUGCAGCGAUUAGAAGCUCAACGCAAUGACCUAAAUGGUCGAGUGAGAUCACUGAAGGAAGAGUUGCAGCUUCUUCAGGAGCCUGGAUCAUAUGUGGGAGAAGUUGUCAAAGUCAUGGGGAAAUCUAAGGUCCUUGUUAAGGUCCAUCCUGAGGGGAAGUAUGUAGUUGACAUUGAUAAGAGCAUAGACAUCACAAAGAUUACGCCUUCGACAAGGGUUGCUUUACGUAAUGAUAGCUAUGUGCUCCACUUGAUCCUACCUAGUAAAGUUGAUCCGCUGGUGAAUCUUAUGAAAGUAGAAAAAGUUCCGGAUUCCACUUAUGACAUGAUUGGUGGUCUAGAUCAGCAAAUUAAAGAGAUAAAAGAGGUGAUUGAACUUCCAAUCAAACAUCCUGAAUUGUUCGAGAGUCUUGGUAUUGCUCAACCUAAGGGAGUGUUGCUGUAUGGUCCUCCUGGCACGGGUAAGACUCUGCUUGCAAGAGCGGUGGCCCACCACACUGACUGCACAUUUAUCCGAGUUUCGGGCUCUGAAUUAGUUCAGAAGUACAUUGGAGAAGGCUCUCGGAUGGUGAGAGAACUUUUUGUGAUGGCGAGAGAACAUGCCCCAUCCAUUAUCUUCAUGGAUGAAAUUGAUAGCAUUGGAUCUGCUCGUAUGGAAUCUGGGAGUGGAAAUGGGGACAGUGAAGUUCAGAGAACUAUGCUGGAACUUCUCAACCAACUGGAUGGAUUUGAGGCAUCUAAUAAGAUAAAAGUAUUGAUGGCUACCAAUAGAAUUGACAUUCUGGACCAAGCUCUUCUAAGGCCUGGAAGAAUUGAUAGGAAAAUCGAGUUCCCAAAUCCUAAUGAAGAUUCUCGGUUUGACAUAUUGAAGAUCCACUCGAGGAAAAUGAAUUUAAUGAGAGGGAUUGAUCUCAAGAAGAUUGCUGAGAAGAUGAGUGGUGCAUCUGGUGCUGAAUUGAAGGCUGUUUGCACUGAAGCAGGCAUGUUUGCUCUGAGAGAAAGGAGGGUCCACGUUACUCAGGAGGACUUUGAGAUGGCCGUAGCAAAGGUUAUGAAGAAGGAAACAGAGAAAAACAUGUCUUUGAGAAAGCUUUGGAAGUAG